AUGCACACCGCCCCUCCGCGAUCGCCGCCAUCCGAGGUCUCGUGCUUCCGCCCAAAGGCAUCCUACCAUCGCCUUGUGCCUCCAUCUCUACCGGCCUCUGAUUUGUUGAGUCAACCGUCGGUUCGCAACCCGCCGAAUGAGGUCAUCGCCUCCGACGCGCGCUGGAAGAAGGAGAUCGUGCCCUACACUUACCGUGUACACUGGGUGCUCCCCCUGACGGAUUGUCCGGAUGAGUCCCGGCUAGCCAUUGAUAGUAUCAAGAAGAUGUACGGCGACAACAUCCUUGGCCCGUCUCACCCUGGCACCGUUCGCGCCCGUCUUAUCGUCAAUGAUAUCAUCGGCGGCAUCCAUCGAGUGCUCCUUGCCAAGACCCCAUGCGACUCCUCUUUGAACAUCUCGGACCAAAAUAAGAAGAGAACGGUGGCGACGAUAGAGCCACAAACAGGUUAUCUCGGAGACCUCAACUGGGGGGUGUUUAUCGUAAAAAAUAAGCGUGUCCAAGUAUAUAGCAAUUGGAGUGGCAAGAUUGUAAUCUACACUGGAAUGCUUGACUUCUUCGACACCGAUGCUGAGAUUGCUACUAUUCUUGCGCACGAGAGAACUGAGAAAAGGAAAGAGAUAGAGGCAGAUCACAUCGGACUCAUGUUGCUUGCUGCUGCCGGUUUUGAUCCACGUGUAGCCCUCGGUGUCCACAAGAAGCUAGGGGAGAUCGUCGAAGACUCACCAUGGGAUGAUUACAUCGGCUCUCGCCCUUCCUGGAAGACAAUAUCACGGCUACUAUCACAGGGCAAGGUCAUGGAGGAGGCGCUGGAGCUAUACCACAAACAUGCUUGCAUGAGGGAAUGCGCCGACUGA